CUUCAAUAUUUGUACUUCCCACCUUUGUACAAUCGAAUGGAUCCACCCAGCCCCUUCGCCUCUCUAUCCGUGACUUCCUCCGCAAGCAAAAUAAGAUGCGAGAAGCGUUAUCCUCUAAACAUCACUAUAUCAAACCUCAAAGAUAGACUUGUUCUCGUCACUGGUUGCGACAACCGCACGAUGCGGAUAGACCUUUUCGAUCAUGAGGAUAAGCACGUAUGUUCGUGCGAUGGCGACGCAAGGACCUUAGAAUCAUUCGGUGCUUCAAGUGGAAUGCGGUUGCAUGUCACAGACAGUAGUCUCCCUGAGGGUGCUUAUGAUAAGAUUUCGGAGGAUACCUCAGAGUCGUUCCAUAUUUCUUAUGAGGACUAUGCAAAAAGAGAUGGUAGGUAG